AUGGCCAAUUCAGAUGACGACGAUGCUUUUCUUUAUUCAGAUGAAGAGCAACAAGUUGAAGAGCAACAACCAAAAACUAAAAGAGUGAAGUUUGCUGAUGAAGAAAGCAAAAAGGAAGAUAAAUCUAAAGAAAAAGAACAACAACAGAAAGAAGAACACACUGAUGGAGCAUCUGAUUCUGAAUCAGGUUCAGGUUCAGAAUCAAGUUCAGAAUCAGACUCAGAUGAUGAUAUAGAUAUUAUAAUAGGUGAUAACCAACCGACGAAAUCAAAAUCUAGCGGGACAACCAUCAUUGGGAAUGAGGCAUUAUCCGAAAUGACUGAUCCUGAAGCAUCGUCAUCGUCGUCGACAGCGGGAGCAGGAGCAGCAUCAGGAAGUAACAAAAGACAAUCCACCUCAACUGUUGAUCUUGAUUCAGUGCCUAGAUAUCAGGAAGGAGAAGAUGGAGAAGGAGAAGGUACUUUAAUAACUCAAUUAGAUAUUGAAACAUUGAAACUUAAACCGUGGAGAGCACCAGGUGUUGAUGUAUCUGAUUAUUUCAAUUAUGGAUUUGAUGAAUUCACAUGGUUGGCUUAUUGUCAUAAACAAGAUAAAUUAAGAGGCGAGUUCAAUCCUCAAAAAGUGAUGGAAAAUAUUAUGAAAGGUCCCGGUGGUGCUAAUGGUGUUAAUUCGGGUGAUAAAACAGGACAACAACAACAACAACAACAACAGCCACCACAACCACCUAUGGGCAUGAUGAUGCCACCUCCAGGAUUCAUGGCUAAUAUGCCAAUGCCACCAAUGGGAUCUAUGCCACCAAUGCCAAAUAUGCCAAAUAUGGCGAAUAUGCCUCCACCACCUCCAGGAUUUAAUGGCCAGUUCCCCGCACCUUAUAACAUCCCUCAUAAUAUGAACCAAAAGCAAUAG